GUUUUAGGAAAGGGGCGGAGCUGCGGGGUUAGUUGACGGAGGCUGGGUCCUGCGCGGUGCAGCAGGGCACGUGUUUCAGCCGGAAGCGCCUUAAGAUUCCGGGGGAUGGAAUCCGAAAUGGAAGCGCAGAGCGCCGGGGCAGAGGAGGGCUUUACCCAGGUCACCCGUAAGGGUGGCCGGCGGGCGAAGAAACGACAGGCUGAACAGCUGUCCGCAGCGGGAGAGGGCGGGGAUGCGGGCCGGAUGGACACAGAGGAGGCCAGGCCGGCGAAGAGGCCCGUCUUCCCACCCCUCUGUGGGGACGGGCUCCUGAGUGGAAAAGAAGAAACAAGGAAAAUUCCAGUCCCAGCUAACAGAUACACACCGUUGAAAGAAAACUGGAUGAAGAUAUUUACUCCUAUUGUGGAACAUUUGGGACUUCAGAUACGCUUUAACUUGAAAUCAAGGAAUGUAGAAAUCAGGACUUGUAAAGAAACCAAAGAUGUUAGUGCUCUGACAAAAGCAGCUGAUUUUGUGAAAGCUUUUAUUCUAGGCUUUCAGGUGGAGGAUGCACUUGCCCUCAUCAGGUUGGAUGACCUCUUCCUAGAGUCUUUUGAAAUUACAGAUGUUAAACCCCUAAAGGGAGACCAUCUAUCCAGGGCAAUAGGAAGAAUCGCUGGCAAAGGAGGAAAAACCAAAUUCACCAUAGAGAAUGUGACACGGACGCGGAUAGUUUUGGCUGAUGUGUGGCUGGAGAAAGAGCAUUACAGAGGAAGGGGAAAGCACAAAGAUCUUAAGUCGAGGGCACAUCUGGCAGUGAGCGAGGAGGCUUGGCCAAGGACGAAAGGGAGAGAGUGGAGAGUGAUAGAUGAGGUCAAAAAUAAUAGGGCCUUGAGGUCCUCAUAAGGACUUUGGCUUUUACUCUGAGUGAAUAGAAAGUCAUUGGAUGAUUGUGAGCAGAGGAAGGAGGUGGGAUAUGAGGGGGCGAGGGGCAGUGAAGGUGGGUAGGAUCCAUAGAUGGGAGGUCCUGGGGUGGGAGUGAAGGAUUAUUUGUGUUGAUAGGAGCUGGAAUGACAGAAAGUGGUGGAGGGAGAGUUGGAUGUUUGAAAUCGAAAUUAUAGGGGGUUGCAGUUUUUGGUAAUGACUAAGUCCAGGGUGUGACCAUGGAUGUAAGAGGCUGGAGUAGGGUGGACAAUACCCCGUGUUGGCAUAAAGAGUGUAUCAAGGACCUCAGAGGCUGGCAUGUUGGGAUUAUCAUCUUCGUGGGUAUUGACAUGAUCGAGCAUGGAGAUGGGAAUAGCAAGAGAAAGACAGCAAGCCAGGAGCUGACGUCUUCACAGGUGAUCUGCAGGGGCAGCUGAGGACCCCAGCCAGGCAGGGUGGGGGGUGAUGUGGCCUGAGAGCGGAUCCAAAGCCAAAGGGUUUUCAGGGAGGUAGGAGGGAGAGCAUGUGGUCUGGAUGUGGCAUGAAGGCACCUGCUCCUCCCCAGGCCCCAGAGGUACCUGGUUUGUGGAGGAAAAACGCAACCAUUUGAGAUCUGGCCUUAGUUAAAGCCAGAAGGUGAAGGGAAUAUUAACAGGGGUUGAAGAUACAGAAGCUUUAGCUGAUAACUGUUGUACAGGGCACAGUGAAAACAGUUUGGAAGAUGGACUCAAAAAGGCAAAUUUGUCAUUCGGUAAAGAAUGCCUAUUAAAAGGGUCUAAAUGAUCCUCAGAGCCCUGAAGAAAUUUAGAUAAUCUUUAGAAAACUUUGCAGUUGAAAACCAAUUAUGUUGACAUUGAGUACAGUGUUGCAUUUAUGGGUUUUCAGUAACCAGCUCAGCCAGUGUGUCGUCUUGGGCAGGCUUUUUGAUUUCUUAUAAACUUCUUUCCUCAUCUGUAAAACAGGAAGGUCAUGUGAGGAUUAAAUGAGGGCAUGUAUAGAAAGCCCUGGCACAUAAAGCAUUCAUGGGAUGGGAGCCAUCAUUAACGAAUAAUCUUCACAAACUUUACUUUUUCAAAAAAUUCUGUCUAAUAAUUUUUUAUUGGUAUACAAUUUAUAUAUCAUAAAAUUCACCCUUUUAAAAAGUGGUUUUUAGUAUAUUUGUGGAGUUGUGCAGCCAUAACCACUGCCCUCGUUAAAGAAUCUGACUCAAAUGUGAUUUUCCAGCAUUUUUGGAGUACAGGACUUAGGCAAGAAAGUGCUUUUUUGUUUACAAUGUCUUUUUUUUUUUUUUUUAAGAGAGGGUUUUGGUCACUCAGGUUGGCAUGCUGGCACUCUACAGGCACGUGCUACUACACCCAGCUGUUGAAUUUUUUUUGUAGAGAUGGGGGUCUCAUUAUGCUGU